AUGGAGAUUAGAAGGUACCAGAAGACUGCGGGCCUCCUUACCCCCCUCUUCUCCCUCCCCCCCUCUUCCCCCUCCCCCCCUCUUCCCCCUCCCCCCCUCACCCUCCCCCCUUACUUCCAUCUAUUGCGUUCGCCUUAUCCCGCUCUCAGGAAUCAAGCGCAAGCCGCAACGCUACCGGCCGGGAACAGAAUCAAGCGCAAGCCGCACCGCUACCGGCCGGGAACAGUGGCACUGAUGGAGAUCAGGAGGUAUCAGAAGACCACAGACCUUCUCAUUCGCAAGCUGCCGUUCAUGCGACUUUGCAAUGGGGCUGCUCAAACCCGCACCAGUGGCCCUUCGGGAUGUGAGCUGGACUGCCAACCCCACUGCCCCAUCGCCCACUCUCCCUCAACCUUUCGCCCUUCCUGCGUGCCCCUCUCCUUCUUUCCUCCGUGCCCCUCUCCUUCUUUCCUCCGUGCCCCCUCUUCUCCCCACCGUCACCAGUGCAAGGAGAUCUCUCAGACGCUCACCACGAUGGAUGUGCGAUGGACUGCUGACGCCGAUGCCCUCCAAGGAGACAGCUCAGACUCUCACCACGAUGGGCGUGCGAUGGACUGUCCACUCUGCUGCCCCUUCUCCCUUUCUCCCAUUAUCCCCCACGAUUCCCUCCCCCAUUUCCCUCGCCCCAUCCUCCCCUCCCCUGCACCGUCACCAGUGCAAGGAGAUCUCUCAGAUGCUCACCACGAUGGACGUGCGAUGGACUGUCCUCCCAACCCCUUCUCCCACUCUCCUCCAACCUUCCCCCCCUCUUGCCUACGUCUCUCCUCUACUUCUCACCGUCACCAGUGCAAGGAGAUCUCUCAGACGCUCACCACGCUGGAUGUGCGAUGGACUGCUGACGCCGUGCUGGGGCUGCAAGAGGUGCGAAGGGUUGGUGCUAUGGAUCGCUUAGACGCUCACCACGAUGGACGUGCGAUGGACUUCUGA